AUGCCUUACCCAGAAGAGCCUCAGAAUGUCGCGCACACCUCUAGUGCAUAUCGUGCUUAUGUGAAGCAUACUGAUGAUGCGGCGAGGGUUGACAGGUUUAAUACCUCAAAAGCCCUGUUUGGUUGCAAGCUUGCUGAAGGUGCUCCAGUCAGCUCUCAUGUGAUUAAGAUGAUUGGGUACAUUGAGAGCUUGCAGAGACUGGGUUUUCCCCUCGAUGACGAUCUCGCCGCCGAUGUGAUACUGCAGUCCCUGCCUGCUAGCUUUGAACCAUUCAUCCUGAACUAUCACAUGAAUGGUUUGAAGAAAUCGCUGACUGAGUUGGAUGGGAUGCUUAAGACGAUAGAGGCGAGUCUUAGGAAGACUCCUGGUCAUGUGAUGAUAGUCUAG